GCUCUGCCCUCCCGCCGCCGAGCCGCCCGCCUGCCCGCGGGUCCGCUUGUGCGCCGCCCGCCGCCACGGGAGCCGGAGAUGGAUUUGCAGGUAUGGAGAGUGUGUGGAGGGGCCGUGUUCGUGUUGGCACAGAAGAUUGGCUGCUGAGCCAGGGCGUGUCUCCAGGAGGCCUGCCAGGCUGCCCGGAUCCCCACCUCGCUGCCAUGGACCGCCCAGGCUGGCAGGAUGGUGCAGUGGUGAGAGCACAGACUCUGGAGCCAGGUGGCCUGGGUUCAAGGCCCCGCCCUGCCACUUGCCGGCCCUGGGACUCUGUACCAGCCAGUUCCCGCCGGAGGCUCAUGGUGUCGACUGGGGAGACCAUGUCCAGGCCCCCCCACUGCUUGCCGCGGCUGCUCCGGGGCGCCCCGAGGCAGCGGGUCUGCACCCUGUUCAUCAUCAGCUUCAAAUGCACGUGUUUUGUCUUCAUCAUGAUCUACUGGCACAUUGUGGGAGAGCCCAGGAGCCAAGGACAGCUCUUGAACCUGCCUGUUGACAUCCCCUGCCCCCGCUUGGUCCCCCCAGCAGCGCCCUCCAGCACCCCCACUCCGGGCAACAUCUUCUUCCUGGAGACUUCAGACCGGACCAACCCCAACUUCCUGUUCAUGUGCUCGGUGGAGUCGGCGGCCAGGGCCCACCCCGAGUCCCGGGUGGCGGUCCUGAUGAAGGGGCUGCCUGGCGGCAACGCCUCCCUGCCCCGGCACCUGGGCCUCUCGCUUCUGGGCUGCUUCCCCAACGUGCAGAUGCUCCCGCUGGACCUGGAGGAGCUGUUCCAGGACACGCCCCUGGCGGCCUGGUACGAGGCCGUGCAGCGGCGGUGGGAGCCCUACCUGCUGCCUGUGCUCUCCGAUGCGUCCAGGAUUGCGCUCAUGUGGAAGUUCGGUGGCAUCUACCUGGACACGGACUUCAUCGUCCUCAAGAACCUAAGGAACCUGACCAACGUGCUGGGCACCCAGUCCCGCUAUGUCCUCAACGGUGCCUUCCUGGCCUUUGAGCGCCACCACGAGUUCAUGGCGCUGUGCAUGCGUGACUUCGUGGCCCACUAUAACGGCUGGAUCUGGGGCCACCAGGGCCCCCAGCUGCUCACGCGGGUCUUCAAGAAGUGGUGCUCCAUCCACAGCCUGGACGAGAGCCACGCCUGCCGCGGCGUCACCGCCCUGCCCUCUGAGGCCUUCUACCCCAUCCCCUGGCAGAACUGGAGGAAGUACUUCGAGGACAUCAGCCCCGAGGAGCUGUCUCAGCUGCUCAAUGCCACCUACGCCGUCCACGUGUGGAACAAGAAGAGCCAGGGCACACGCUUUGAGGCCACGUCCAGGGCGCUGCUGGCCCAGCUCCACGCCCGCUACUGCCCCACGACGCACGAGGCCAUGAAGAUGUACCUGUGAGGGGCCUGCCAGGCCGUCCCCGCCUGCUGUCCUGACGGAGGAGGGCUCUUGGCCACCCUUCCUGGGGAGGCGAGAAGGGAGGACCAGGAGAGGGAAGCCUGAGCUGCCGCAGCUGGGCCUGGGGGCAGGCUGCCGGGAGGGCAGAGAACUGUCAGCCCAAGAGGCAUCGUUGGAGGACAAGCUGCGGGUCCUGGGAUCUGCUCCCUUCCAGCCAGUGGGACACUCCCUAGGCCGGUGCGCUGUCUCGGGGUAGAGGCCACAAGUGGUGGGGAAGGGCCCCAGCCAGAACCAGCUGGAGUGAGCUGGGUGAGCAUCCUGGGUCUUCUAGACAACACGCAAGAGCGGUGAGCAGUAAAGCAUCUUCCAGGGCAUGGCGGGGAGCCGGGCUGGUUGGGGCCGAGGUGCCCAUGAGGGGAGCAUGGAGAAGCCGGAGGAAAGGGGAGAAGAAGGAGGGAGGAGCUCCUAGACCCUAGAUGAGGGGGAGGAGGCAGCCUGUGGGAGAGUGGGGCUGCAAACCCAGCCUCGUGAGCCCCCGGGGGUGGGGGCUUUUCUCUUUUCUGGUUUUGGUUUCUUUUUCAGCCAGCCUGAGGCUGGCUGAGCCAGCCGGGGAGCAUUUUGGGGAAGGCCCUCGUGCCCACCCCAUCCUUUCGUUCCAGAAUAUGUUGAAAGGGUGACGUGUGCCAGCUGCCCACUCCGGCCCCAUAGGGGCGAGUUCUUUUGGCUCAGGAAAAGCAUUUUAAAGAAAACACCCUCCACCCUGUCUAUAAUAAACACAGGAGAAUAAUAAAUAUAAUGAAAACAACUCCCUGA